AUGGGAAAAGGAGCAAGAACUGGACAAGGAGCAGGAAAAGGAGUAGGAGGAGGAGCAGGACAAGGAGCAGGGAUAGGAGCAGGAACAGGCACAGGAGUAGGAACAGGAGAACUAAAAGGAGCAGGAGCAGGAAAAGGAGCAGGAACAAGACAAGGAACAGGAAUGGGAAAAGGAGCAGGAAUAGGAGCAGGAGCAGGACAAGGAGCAGAAGCAGGAAAAGGAAAUGGAGUAGGACAAAGAGCAGGAACAGGAAAAGGGGCAGAAAAAGGCACAGGAGCAGGAACAGGAACAGGAGCAGGAAGAGGAGGAGGAGCAGCAGGAAAAGGAGCAGGAGCAGGCACAGGAAAAGGGGCAGGAACAGGAGGAACAGGAAAAGGGGCAGGACAAGGAGCAGGAAAAAGAGCAGCAGCAGGAAAAGGAGCAGGAACAGGAAAAGGAACAGGAGGAGCAGGAAAAGGAGCAAGAGCAGGACAAGGAGCAGGAACAGGCACAGGAAAAGGAGCAGGAGCAGGAAAAGGAGCAGGAACAAGAAUAGGACAAGGAAUAGGAGCAGGAAGAGGAACAGGAGGAGGAGCAGGAAAAGGAGCAGGAGCAGAAAAAGGAUCAGGAGCAGGAAAAGGAACAGGAGGAGCAGGAAAAGGAGCAAGAGCAGGAAAAGAAGCAGAAAAAGGCACAGGAGCAGGAACAGGAGGAGGAGCAGCAGGAAAAGGAGCAGGAACAGGAGGAGCAGGAAAAGGAGCAAGAGCAGGACAAGGAGAAGGAACAGGAGCAGGUGCAGGAACAGGAAAAGGAGCAGGAACAGGAAAAGUAAAAGGAGCAGGAAAAGGAGCAGGAACAGGAAAAAGAGCAGGAAAAGGAACAGGAAAAGUAAAAGGAGCAGGAACAGGAAAAGGAGCAGGACAAGGAGCAGGAACAGGAAAAGGAGCAGGACAAGGAGCAGGAACAGGCGCAGGAGCAGGAACAGGAGGAGGAGCAGGACAAGGAAAAGGAACAGGUGCAGGAGGAGGACAAGGAGAAGGAACAGGAGCAGGACAAGGAGCAGGAGAAGGAACAGGAAAAGGAACAGGAAAAGUAAAAGGAGCAGGAACAGGACAAGGAACAGGGGCAGGAAAAGGAGCAGGACAAGGAGCAGGAACAGGUGCAGGAGCAGCAAAAGGAGCAGGAACAGGAGGAGGAACAGGAAAAGGAGCAGGAGCAGGCACAGGAGCAGGAAAAGGAGGAGGAGCAGCAGCAGGAAAAGGAGAAAAGGAGCAGGAACAGGACAAGGAGCAGGUGCAGGAGCAGGACAAGGAGCAGGAACAAGCAUAG